GGACUGACUAGUUCCUGAGGCAAUCUUGACCACCGCAAAGCAGAUGAGGAGCAGAGCCUGAUGCAAUGUGAUGGCCAUCCGCCUAGAAGCCCGAGGAUUCAGAGAAGCAGGGGAAAUUGACCCAGGCAGACAUCGGGACUAUGGCAGACUUUUCUAAGGAGACCUUUGAGUCCUUUACUGAUGAGGUACAGAGUUCCGGUUCAUUCAGUUCCUCUGGAGGACGGCAGCCCUGGUCCUAUGCCUCUGGGAGCAAAUCCGAGAGUGGAACGCCGACUUCACGCUUGCAAUAUGGAGACAACCAAUCUGAGUUUUCACACUUCAAAAAUAAUGAAAAGAAGUUGAGCAGAAAAUGGAUCAACAACCUCAAGGGCAAGGAAACGAACUCUGGCCAGUACCAACCAGACACUAAACUUGAAACAGAAAUCACUCAGGCAUCCCUUGAAGAAUUGAAUGCCCUUCAGUCUUUCUGCACCGUUAAGAUAAACCUAAUCCAUCAUAGUGCGAACUCUAAGGGGAAAAAGAGCAGCAGACAUAAAAAGCUGCAGCUUGGAUCGGAUGCAGAGGCUCCAGAGGUAGAUGCCUUAAACUGUACUGUCCCCGAUGAGCUUUUGAACAGAAUCUAUUUUAAAAACAUGAGGACAACACCCAAAGAGGUGGUAACAGCUAAGCAACACAUUUCUUCUCGGUGUCCCAACUGUAACAGGAAAAGAGCAGAACUGGCCCAAUCUGCUUUCCUGAAACAGAAGAAGACUUUACUGGAGUCACUUCUACUCCAAGAGAAAAUAGAUGAACAUCUUCAUAUGAAAGACUUUCUUACCCUUAUUGGAGAAGUACAUCAGAGCCUUCCCAGGCUUUCCGAUGACCCCAGAAUAAUCUGGGAAAGACUGAAGGAGAAAAGUCAAAUUGGUUACUCUGGUUUUGAAAGGUCAGAUAUAAAGCAGGAGAUGUAG